ACCGGCCUGGAAGGGAAAUGGGCUGGAUUUGGGAAUGCCUGCAGGUAUAUGAAAGGAAAUUUCUUGAUCAGAGGGGAAUUAUGUAAUUCCGCUGGAGGAAUGCAUCCAGACAUUUUCGAUUUAAAUUGAUUGACAGCAUUCGGGAAGGUCGUAUAAAAGUGAGAGCAGGCAUAUCUUCGCCCACUUGUAGCAAAAAAGUUGUAUCGUACCUGGAUCAAGUGGAUCUAAAGACUGUGCUCGUUUUUUAUCUUAAGUUUUUUAAAGGGAUUUGUACUGCUUCCCGAGAUUCUUCUCCUUUAUAUUUUGUGUUUGGAAUACUGAAUAGUACUUGAGGGUUUCUGACAUUUUACCCUUUUAGCAGGAGUGAUGGUUCGCUGGAGUAGACUGCUAUUGCUGUUAAUUCACAUAUGUUUUUGUGGUUUUGUACAAGCACAAGAUGGUGACUUAGAAGAAGAAUUUGAAUUUGACCUGUUUGAAAUCAGUAAUAUCAAUCGCAAGACACUGGGAGCCAAACUUUUCCGGGGUCCAGACCUUCUUUCUCCUGCCUAUCGCUUCAUUCGAUUUGACCACAUACCUCCAGUAGAGCAGAAGACUCUCAAUCAGAUUCUCAAGCUGAUCCAGAACAAUGAGGGCUUUGUCCUUACGGCCACUUUGCGGCAGGACAAGGGCUCUCGAGGCACUCUUAUAUUCAUGGAGGGCCCAGACGCCAGUCAGCGGCAGUUUGAGAUAGUGUCUAAUGGCAGGGCAAACACCUUGGACAUGGUAUAUUGGGUGGAAGGCUCUCAAAAUGUGAUAUCUUUUGAAUAUGUGGACCUUUCUGACUCCCACUGGAAGAACAUAACGAUUCAGGUGCAAGGAGAGAAUGCCAAUUUCUAUGUUGGCUGCAGCCUCAUUGACAGCAUCAUAUUGGAUGAGCCCUUUUAUGAGCAUCUAAAGUCAGGCAUUGGCAGCCGAAUGUAUGUCGCUAAAGGAGCAUAUCGGGAAGAUCACUUUAGGGGUUUACUGCAGAAUGUGCGCUUUAUUUUUGACACCUCAAUAGAUGACAUUCUUCGCAACAAAGGCUGUGAUGUAAAUGCACCUGCAGAAGUGAAAACAGAAGGCAUAGUAAUUGACAGCCCUGACUUACCGGAGAUUGUCAGACCUGCCAUAACCACUAAUGUCAUUGAGCACAAGCCUGAGAAGGGCGUGAAUUUCUGUGAUCGCUCCUGUGAGGAGUUUGGCAGCAUGUUUCAAGAGCUGACAGGAAUGAGGAACAUGGUCAGCAGUUUGUUUGAUCGAUUGCAGAAAUUGUCAGAAGAAAAUAUACUCUUGCAGAACAUGAUGAAGUUGUAUGAAAAUCGGACAAAUGAAGGUAUGUGCUGGCAAGACGGUCGACUAUUUGAAAAAAAUGAAGAAUGGACUGUGGACAGCUGUACCAAGUGUACCUGCAAGGAAUCUAAAAUCGUUUGCCAUCAAAUCACUUGCCCAGCUGUGUCAUGUGCUAAUCCAUCCUUUAUUGAAGGCGAAUGCUGCCCAGUUUGCUUACCCAAGGACAGUGAAGAUGGCUGGUCACCAUGGGCAGAAUGGACUGAAUGCACAGUGACCUGUGGUACUGGUACGCAACAGAGAGGAAGGUCAUGUGAUGUAACGAGCAAUCCUUGUGAUGGACCUUCCAUCCAAACAAGAAAAUGCAGCCUUGGAAAAUGUGACAGCCGCAUUCGACAGGAUGGAGGUUGGAGUCACUGGUCCCCAUGGUCUCCGUGCUCUGUCACCUGUGGUGAAGGCAUCAUUACACGCAUACGUCUGUGCAAUUCUCCUGUUCCACAGCUCGGAGGCAAGGACUGUGAAGGCAGCGGGAGAGAGACCCAGCGUUGUGAAGCGGAGCCCUGUCCCAUUGAUGGAGGCUGGGGCCCCUGGUCACCAUGGGCUACCUGUUCUGCUACAUGUGGAGGAGGUCUGAGGGGACGGUCCAGAAUCUGCAACAGCCCCCUGCCACAGUAUGGAGGCAAGAAGUGUUUGGGAGAGGACAAAGAUAGUGACAUAUGUAACAAGAAAGAAUGUCCUAUUGAUGGGUGCCUCUCUAACCCCUGCUUUGCUGGAGUAGAAUGUAACAGUUCCCCAGAUGGCUCAUGGGAAUGCGGACCCUGUCCUCAGGGAUUCCACGGCAAUGGGAUUUCCUGUGAGGAUCUCAACGAGUGUGAUUUGGUAUCUGAUGUGUGCUUUAAAGUGAAUAAUGUUCAAAGAUGUGUUAACACUGAUCCCGGAUUUCACUGUUUGCCUUGCCCACCUCGAUACAAAGGAACCCAGCCAUAUGGAAUGGGCGUGGAGGCUGCCAAGAAAAACAAGCAAGUAUGUGAACCUGAGAACCCAUGCAAAGAGAAGACCCACAACUGCCACAAGUUUGCUGAAUGUAUUUACCUUGGCCACUUCAGCGAUCCCAUGUAUAAAUGUGAAUGUAAGAUUGGCUAUGCUGGAGAUGGAAUCAUUUGUGGAGAGGAUUCGGACUUAGAUGGCUGGCCUAACCAGAACCUCGUCUGUGCUGCUAAUGCUACAUACCACUGCAAGAAGGACAACUGUCCAAGCCUGCCAAACUCUGGCCAAGAAGACUUUGAUAAUGAUGGCCAGGGCGAUGCUUGCGACAAAGAUGACGACAACGAUGGUAUUGUGGAUGAAAGGGAUAACUGUCCCCUGCUAUACAAUCCCCGUCAGUUUGACUAUGACAAGGAUGAUGUUGGCGACCGUUGUGACAACUGUCCCUAUGAACACAAUCCUGCCCAGAUUGAUACUGACAACAAUGGGGAAGGAGAUGCCUGUGCUGUGGAUAUUGAUGGUGAUGAAAUUCUGAAUGAACACGAUAACUGUCCUUAUGUAUACAAUACUGACCAGAAGGACACAGAUCUAGAUGGAGUGGGAGAUCAGUGUGACAACUGCCCACUGGUGCACAAUCCUGACCAGACAGACACAGACAAUGAUCUUGUUGGUGACCAAUGCGACAAUAAUCAAGAUAUUGAUGAAGAUGGACAUCAGAACAAUUUGGACAACUGCCCAUAUAUUCCAAAUGCUAACCAAGCAGACCAUGAUAAGGAUGGCAAAGGUGAUGCCUGUGAUUAUGAUGAUGACAAUGAUGGAGUUCCUGACGAUAGAGACAACUGUAGACUUGUGGCCAAUCCCGACCAAGAAGAUUCUGAUGGCGAUGGACGAGGUGAUGCAUGCAAGGACGACUUUGACAAUGACAGUAUUCCUGACAUCUUUGAUGUUUGCCCUGAGAAUGAUGCUAUUAGUGUGACAGACUUCAGGAAAUUUCAGAUGGUCCACCUUGAUCCAAAAGGUACCACUCAGAUUGAUCCAAACUGGGUGGUCCGUCACCAAGGCAAAGAGCUUGUUCAGACUGCAAACUCUGAUCCUGGCAUUGCGGUUGGUUUUGACGAAUUCAACGCUGUAGACUUUAGUGGCACCUUCUAUGUGAAUACAGAUCGUGAUGACGACUAUGCAGGAUUUGUGUUUGGCUACCAGUCAAGUGGUCGCUUUUAUGUGGUUAUGUGGAAGCAGAUUACCCAGACCUACUGGGAGGAUAAACCCUCUCGAGCAUAUGGUUAUUCUGGGGUCUCCCUUAAAGUGGUCAACUCAACCACAGGCUCUGGAGAACACUUGAGAAAUGCCCUUUGGCACACAGGAAACACCCCAGGCCAGGUUCAUACUCUAUGGCAUGACCCUAAAAAUAUUGGUUGGAAGGACUACACAGCCUACAGGUGGCAUCUGAUCCACAGACCCAAGACUGGAUUUAUUAGAGUUGUAGUUUAUGAAGGAAAACAGAUCAUGGCUGACUCUGGUCCCAUCUAUGAUAAAACAUUUGCCGGUGGAAGAUUAGGACUGUUUGUCUUUUCUCAAGAGUUGGUCUUUUUCUCGGAUCUCAAGUAUGAGUGCAGAGAUAUGGCAGAGAUCCCAACUGUGUUCAUAAGAUAAUUGAACUUUGGUUGCUUCAGAAGUGGCAAAGUACUGUACAGGCUGUGCAACCUAGUCACCUCAAAAUGUUCCUAGUCAUCCCAGUCUGUCUCCUGCCUUCAUUUUGCUCUGCCUUUGGAGACGGAGAUCCUUCCUCCAGAUUUCAGCUGCCAUGGUGUGACAUUGAUCCUGCUGCAAAUUCUGCCGGCAGUUGGAUCCAAGAUUUUAAAUGAACCAAAUGACUAGAUACACAGAGGACUGAGUUACAAAGUAAUGCUGAUCCUUCUUUAUCACAAGUACUUGCAACACUUUAAGAAAUGAAAAAAGGAAAAAAGAAAAAAUUAAAGAAUGUGCUUACUAUAUUUGUUUGACUAUACCUACUAUUGUCAUUGAGAAAGGAAUUUGUUGAAGAGUGCUACAACCACUUUUUUGUAUGUUUGUUUUUGGUGGGAUUUUAUUUGUUAAAAUUUGUAAGACAUUUUCACCUUGACUGGCUGCAUAUAUAAACCUACCUAUGUGAAAUUGUUCAAGCCAAACGUUGCAGCCACUUUACUUAUGUUAUGAAAAGUAAUGUUUAGUGUUCUGAUGAUUCUAAUAGAUGAUAACACACUUAGUAACAUAUGACACAGGAACAAUUCUGCUACCCUGGAGCAUCACGUUAAAACAAAAACUGACAAAGAUGUUUCCUAUUUCCCUGCUUCAUUGCACAUUAUAUUGCUUAUGAUUGUUACUAGAAGUUUUUUUUUUAAAUUUUUUUCUGGCAUCUGUACACUUUUUUAUUUUGUAUCCCUAUUUUAUUGGGAUGUAUUUCAUUAAAUGUAUCUGUUACAAUAGAAGUGAAGUUUUUUGCAAGGUUAUAAAGUAAGGAGGAGUGAAGAUGUUAAUAUUUAGA